UGUAAAAUGUAGUCUGAGUUAUGAAGGAUCUUCACAGAGUAAAAUUCCCAGAGCUGUACAUCAGAACAUUUCUGAAUCAAAUCUUGCUUUCCAAGUGUUCCAAAGCAACAGACUUGAAUAUGAUGACAUCCUACCUUUUCCUGAGUCUCAAUCUGUAGAGUUUAAGCACAUUAAAAAAAACAUACAAAAAAAUGUAAAAAGCCUAAUUCCAGAGUACAUCCCUGCAUUUGCAAACAGUGGUGGAGGCUAUCUUUUUGUUGGGGUGAAGGAUCAAAGUAGGAAAGUCCGAGGAUGUGCAAAAGACAAGGUUGAUUGUGCAUCUUUGGAGACAGCCAUAGCAGAUGCAGUUUCAAAGCUGCCCAUCGUCCAUUUCUGCUCUUCUGAAACGCGGUUGUCUUAUAGGACCAAAGUCAUAGAUGUGUUUCGUGGGGAAGACUUGUACAGUUAUUGCUUUGCAAUUAAAGUGGAACCAUUCUGUUGUGUGGUGUUCUCAAAAGCUCCCAUUUCAUGGAUGGUGAAUGAUAGGAAAACCAUCUACAGACUGACGGCUGAGAAGUGGACAAACAUGAUGAUGUACUCUCCUGAUUCAUGGAUGGUGAAUUUUAGGAAAAACAUCUACAGCCCGACAACUGAGAAAUGGGUAGACAUGACGGACACUGAUCCAGAUCUUCUGUGUUUGUCCAAAGACUUUGAAUCUCAGCUGAACCUAUCUAGUGCACCUCCUCUCAGCAGACCUGUGUACUCCAAGAAAGGCCUGGAACAUAAAGAGGAUCUCCAGAGAAUCUUAUUUUCAGGUAGUAACUAUGGUUUGACUACUUGACACCAGUCAGUUUUUAUGUUAUGAUAAAGGGAGACAGGUUGUCAUGUUUGUGUUUUGAAAACUGCAAAUUCUUACGUCCAAAGUGAUUGUUUCAAGCUUAUAGGUGAUAGGUGAUUUACUCCCCCACCCCAGUGCUGGGGAUCAAACCCAGGGCCUUGCACAUACUAGGCAAGCAACCUAUACCUAGGUUACAUCCUCAGCCCUGGUGAGAGGUGGUUUGGAAGUGAACCCUCACUGACCUCAUAGACUAAGGCA